AUGAGUGAGCUUGCGCAGCUCAUGGUUUUGGAGCUACAGCAGCGCUGCACGGAGCAGCGCCACGCGGAGCUAAGCUUCCAGUCGGUCUUUCAUAGCACUCACGUACCGAGCAUCUCCAUGUGGGACUAUGUGCGGCGCAUAGCCAAAUACUCAGGGUGUACCCCGGAGUGUUUCAUCUUUUCGAUCAUCCUGAUUGAUCGGUACUGCGCAGCAACCGGGAUCCCGACGACCUUCCGAAACAUCCAUCGGCUGUCGAUCACCGCGGUGAUGAUCAGCGCUAAACUCCGCGAUGAUGUGUACUACAGCAAUGCUUACUACGCGAGUAUCGGUGGGGUGAGUAAUAGGGAGUUGAAUCAUCUGGAGAUGGAGAUGUUAGCGACGAUUAACUGGUUCACCUGGGUGGAGCCCUCCCACUAUGACGGACUCCUGGAACAUCUAAAACAAGUCUACGGUUCUUUUAUCUCUCCACAAAAGGGUCAUUAA